AUGGCUGCCACUAAGAACAUUGUCUUCGACGUCGUCGGCACGCUCGUGACCUACGAGCACCUCUUCGAGGCCAUCGACGAGCGGUUGGGCGAGAAACUCCGCGCCAGAGGCAUCCAGCCGAAGCUCCUUGGAUGCUGCUGGCUGGAGGUGGCCGAGCGCGAGUACACGUACCUGUCCAUGUCCGGGCGCUACGUCGUCUUCUUCAAGGUCUUCGAGGCCUUGUUCUACCGCUGCCUCCACUACGCCGGCGUUGAAGACCCGCACGCGUUCGCGAGCUCAGACGACGUCUCCUUCCUGAUCGGCGAGUGGAAGAAGUUGAGCUUGCGAGAGGGCGCGGCCGAGUGCAUCAGCAAGCUGCGAGCGGCCGGCUUCACCGUCUACUGCUUCACCGCGGGAGACCUUGCCCGCGUGGGAGGCUACUUCUCUCGGGGCGGCGUCGACAUGCCGUCCGAGAAUCUGCUGUCGUGUGACACGGCCGGGCUGGCCAAGCCAACACCCGAGGCCUACGCGCCCAUUCUCUCGAAGCUCUCCGCCGACGGGCGUCCGCCGUGGUUUGCGGCCGCACACCUGUGGGACGCGUCGACGGCCAAGACUGUUGGAUUCAAAGCUGCUUAUUGCACUGCCUUGGAGGGUGAAGCGCUGCCUGAGAUCUUCGGAGAGAUGGAUGUGGUUGCGGAUACACUCCCCGCCAUGGCAGACAAGAUCAUUGCAACUUUUAAGCAGUAG